AGCUCUAGUUUCUGCUUGUCAUCUUGUCAUUUUGAGGAGAAUUGUCGGCAUUUAUUUAAAAAUUAUUGUACCACAAAUUUCAGCCAACCAUAAUGGCUACUGAACGUUACAGUUUUUCCCUGACAACAUUUAGUCCUUCUGGAAAACUUGUCCAACUGGAAUAUGCCUUGGCAGCUGUAUCCGGAGGCGCACCAUCUGUUGGCAUAAUGGCUUCCAAUGGCGUCGUCAUUGCAACAGAAAAUAAGUACAAAUCGCCGCUUUAUGAAGAACAUAGUGUGCACCGCGUGGAAAUGAUAAACAAGCAUAUUGGAAUGGUCUAUUCUGGAAUGGGUCCUGAUUAUCGUUUACUGGUAAAACAAGCACGCAAAAUCGCCCAAUCCUACUAUCUGACCUACAAGGAACCCAUACCGGUGGCACAACUAGUGCAACGUGUAGCAACGUUAAUGCAGGAAUACACUCAAUCUGGUGGCGUGCGCCCAUUUGGUGUGUCACUAUUGAUUUGCGGUUGGGAUAAUGAACGUCCAUAUCUUUAUCAAUCGGAUCCCUCUGGUGCAUAUUUUGCCUGGAAGGCAACUGCCAUGGGCAAAAAUGCUGUUAAUGGCAAAACAUUUUUGGAGAAGCGUUAUAGCGAAGACCUUGAGCUCGAAGACGCUGUGCACACUGCCAUUCUGACCCUAAAGGAAGGGUUUGAGGGAAAAAUGACUUCAGAUAAUAUUGAAGUUGGAAUCUGCGAUCAAAACGGGUUUAAGCGUUUGGACCCCGCAACAAUUAAGGACUAUCUAGCCAACAUCCCUUAAAUUAAAACUCAACUUCGAAGUAACCCAAGCUAAGCUUAUAAUAAAUAA